CUCUCCAACUUCUCAGCUCCACACCCCCUAAUCAUACACUCUCAAGCCUCCAAAUACCAACUUCUCCGUAGCUCCCCAUCAAACCUUGCACGGACAGUCACAGAAUCUGGACCGGCAAUGGAGAUUCAAGAAAACCAGCAGGAAUCUUGGUCGGAAACGGACACGAGCACCGGAGGCCGGAGCACUCCGGGUGGCUUCAGCGGGCCUCUCAGCGGUCCAUUAGCAUCCGCCAAGAAGAAGAGCAAGAGAUCCAAGAAGGAAGAACAAGAGUACGUGGAAAUAACGUUGGACGUGCGCGAUGACUCUGUCUCCGUCCAAAACAUUCGGGGCGGAGACCCCGAGACGGCCAUGCUGGCCAGCCGUCUCGAGAAGAGGCCUUCCUCUCUGGGCUCUCAGCUGUCCUUCAAAUUGAGACAAGUCUCGCAGGAGCUUAAACGCAUGACCUCCUCCAACAGGUUCGACAAGAUGGACAGGACCAAAUCUGGAGCUGCUCGUGCCCUGCGAGGCCUCAAGUUCAUUUCAAAAAACAUCGGAUCCGACGCCUGGUCUCAGGUGGAGCAGCGCUUUGACGAGUUGGCCAUUGAUGGAAAACUUCCCAAAACCCGAUUUAGCCAGUGCAUUGGAAUGGAGUCCAGUGAGUUCGCUGGCGAGUUAUUUGACGCAUUGGCUCGUCGCAGAGGCAUUACAUCUGCUUCCAUAACCAAGGACGAGUUACGCGAAUUUUGGGAACAAAUCACGGACCAGAGCUUUGAUUCAAGGCUCCAGACCUUUUUUGACAUGGUGGACAAGAAUGCCGACGGACGAAUAACAGAAGAAGAAGUGAAAGAGAUUAUUGGCUUAAGCGCUUCCGCGAAUAAGCUGUCAAAAAUACAAGAUCGUGCGGAAGAAUACGCAGCCCUGAUCAUGGAGGAACUGGACCCCAACAACCUGGGAUACAUCGAGGUGUACAACUUGGAAAUGCUGCUGCUACAAGCGCCGGCAAAGUCAGCGCACUUGACGUCGGGAAGUAGAGUAAUGAGCCAAAUGCUGAGCCAGUUGCUGGUGCCAGCGAAAGAGAACAACCCCAUCAAAAGGAGGCUUCGAGGAGUCAGGUACUUCGCGGAGGACAAUUGGAAACGAAUCUGGGUCAUCGCGCUGUGGGUUUCCAUAUGCGCAGCCCUUUUCGCCUGGAAAUUCGUGCAGUACAAGCACCGGGCUGUGUUCCACGUCAUGGGCUAUUGCGUUUCAACCGCCAAAGGUGGUGCCGAGACUCUCAAAUUCAACAUGGCCUUGAUCCUAUUACCUGUUUGCCGGAACACCAUCACUUGGCUUCGCAGCAGGACCAAGCUAGGCGCCAUCAUUUCCUUCGACGACAAUAUCAAUUUUCACAAGGUGAUAGCCUUCGGUGUCGCAAUUGGGGUCGGGUUGCACGUGAUACCGCACCUCACGUGCGACUUCCCGAGGUUAUUGCAUGCCACGGACGAGGAAUAUGAGCCCAUGAAGCAAUUUUUCGGGGAUAAGAGGCCUAAUAAUUACUGGUGGUUUGUCAAAGGGACGGAGGGUUGGACCGGGCUGGUCAUGCUGGUGCUCAUGGCUAUAGCCUAUAUUUUGGCCCAACCUUGGUUCCGCCGGAACAGGCUUAACCUCCCCACCACCAUCAAAAGGCUUACUGGUUUCAACGCUUUCUGGUACUCCCACCACCUCUUCGUCAUUGUCUACGUGCUUUUCAUCAUUCACGGAUACUUCCUCUACCUCUCCAAGAAAUGGUACAAGAGAACGACGUGGAUGUAUCUCGCCGUUCCAAUGUUACUGUAUGCAUGCGAACGACUGAUUCGUGCUUUUAGGUCGGGCUACAAAACUGUGAGGAUUUUGAAGGUUGCAGUUUACCCGGGCAAUGUAUUGGCAUUGCACAUGUCUAAACCUCAAGGAUUUAAGUACACCAGUGGCCAGUACAUCUACGUUAACUGUUCAGAUGUCUCCCCAUUUCAAUGGCAUCCAUUUUCUAUUACAUCAGCCCCUGGAGAUGACUACGUUAGCAUUCACAUCCGGACUUUGGGUGACUGGACAUCACAGCUGAAAGCUGUUUUUGCCAAGGCAUGCCAGCCUGCAAAUGAUGGUCAAAGUGGUCUCUUGCGAGCUGACAUGUUACAAGGCAACUACAAGCCGAGGAUGCCGAGGCUCUUGAUUGAUGGCCCGUACGGAGCUCCGGCACAGGACUACAAAAACUACGAUGUCCUCCUUCUUGUGGGCCUUGGAAUUGGUGCCACCCCAUUGAUUAGCAUACUCAAAGACGUGCUAAACAACAUUAAGCAACAGCAAGACACGGAAGAAGGAAUGUUAGAGAAUGGAUUUAAGAGCCACAAGAGGAAGCCUUUCGUCACCAAGCGAGCCUAUUUCUAUUGGGUCACUCGCGAGCAAGGUUCCUUCGAGUGGUUUAAGGGUGUGAUGAAUGAGAUUACAGAGAACGACAAUAAUGGUGUAAUUGAGCUUCAUAACUAUUGCACGAGCGUGUACGAAGAAGGAGAUGCUCGAUCGGCACUAAUCACAAUGCUCCAAUCCCUCCACCAUGCUAAAAAUGGCGUUGAUAUAGUUUCGGGAACAAGGGUCAAAACCCAUUUUGCUAGACCUAAUUGGCGUAAUGUCUUUAAACAUGUGGCCCUCAAACACCCUGAUCAAAGAGUCGGUGUUUUUUACUGUGGGGCGCAUGGAUUGGUUGGGGAUCUUAGAAGGCUUUCUCAUGACUUUUCCAGGAAAACCUCCACCAAAUUUGAUUUUCAUAAAGAGAACUUUUAGAUUCUUUUCUAAUAGUUCGUUGCCACUUUUGUUGUCAACUGUAUUAUACAUACUUGUCUUAUAUAGCUAGUGGCUUCUUCUUCUUCUUUUUGGGCUUGCGUGAAGAUUGUUGAUGCAUGUUGUUAUAGGUAGAUCAAGAGCUUUAGUAUUUCAAACAUAGAUUUGUCAGCGAGUAAUUGUAUUCACUUCCAUGAAAUGUAAAGUGACGAUGUUGUAAGCUUUCAUACGAUCGAAGAUUCAAGUAGACAAGUAACUAUUGAAGUACAGGAAACUUCCAUUUUCAA